AUGAACGCAGUAUAUAUCAUUGUAUUGUCUACAUGUAUAGUAGUCAAUAUACAACCUAGCAUCUCUCAAGUAUGCUGCACUCCCGAUCAAUGGGUUGCCGAUAUGUUUCUAGACUAUGGAACAGUAUUUAUCGACGAAAAUCAAGAUGCUCCAAAAACAGCUUACUCUUAUAUCAAUGGGACUGUCAAAACAGCGUAUGAUUACCUAAAUCAAAGGACUUAUCUCAAAUUGAACGGAGCGGAAGUGUCUCCGCUCAUUCCGGGCCCAGCUCCUUUCGACACAACCAUUAUAAAUGACUACAAAAAUGGUGUUCAGUACAACAUCGGACCAGAUGGCAGCUGUCAAAAGAGUACUAUUGAGAACAUGACAAAACAAUGUGUACCAGAUGACGCAAAAUUGGUUAGCACCGGCUCAUUGGCUUCUAGUUGGAAUAAGGUACAGAAUUACAGGUUCACUGCCAAUGAUGACUUACCAAGAUCAGUUGACGCAACAAUUAGCCGAAAUUUACCAACGAACUCCUGCAACCCAGUACAUGUUGUAUAUUUUGUGGGGAGCGCAGAGAAGGGCAGUGGAACACUAAUAAAUUUGGACGCCCUAAAUGUUGUACCUAGCAUUCUUGACCCGAGUGUAUUCAAACCUCCCCCGCAGUGUAAAAACGCCAUGUUUACGGGAAAAGAGGAAAAUGAAAGAAAUACAGUAUUGCACCGCUUAUUUAGAAAGGGACUCUUCAUUUAG